CUUCUACAUACAUAGUUGUUAUACUAUUUUUUUUAUACCACAAUGAAAUUCCCUUCUUCUCUGGCUUUGACAGCCUUCUUGACCGGCACUGCCCUUGCCGGCCCCCACGGCCAAGGCCUUAGAGCUCGGCGCUUCCAGGGCCCAGGCUGGCUAGGCGAAAUCGACAUUGACAGUCUCUCCGAGGCGCAAGCCGAGCAGCCCAGCGCCCAAAUCACGGCCGCUCCCCAAGCCAAAUCCAAGGUCAUCGCUCACAGCCAGGCCCAAUCCGAAGACAACUACAGAAUCAACGAGAACUGGGCGGGAGCAGUGCAGGAAACAGCUCCCGCAGCCAGCGCGACCUACAGCUACGUCGCAGCGACCUUCACCCUCCCCUCGGUGACGCCAACAGCCGCCUCAUCCUCCGAAACGCAAGCCGCGUCCUUCUGGGUCGGCAUUGACGGCGCCACCUCCGGUGACGCUAUCUGGCAAGCCGGCGUCGACAUCUACGUGCAAAACGGUCAGCCCUCCUUCGCAGGCUGGUACGAGUGGUACCCGGCCAACUCGGUGGAUAUUGACCUCGAGUUCAACUUCGGGGACGUGGUCUUCACCAGUGUUGAGUCGACUUCGAACAGUGAGGGUGUGGCUGUUAUCGAGAACUUAACUACCGGCAAGAAUGUUACGGUUACUGCCUCUGCUCCGGCGGCGACUGCGACUUUGACUGGUCAGAACGCCGAGUGGAUCCUGGAGGAUUUGGCGGUUGACGGUGAUGGAUUGACGUUUGUGGAUUUUGGUGAGGCUAUCUUUACUGGAUGCGUUGCUAAGGCAGAUGAAAAGCAAUUGCAUCAAAACAUUGUUUCAAGACAGCCACGGCCAGACACGCAAGGACAAGAUCAACCAGGGCUUCAACUGGCGAUGCAUGAGAUUCAGCAGCCCAAAGGAGCUUCAUCGGAGAAGGCGGCCAUGGUGCCCUCUCCAAACCCAAAGUGUGCACGUUAUUUUGCUACACUGAUGGAAGCCCACUGGAAGUAUUUCGGUCUUUCCUCAUUAUGUCAGACCACGUUCGACCUAGCCGAUUUGUUUAUAGAGCUUGAGACUUCAAAAGCCAACACUGUCUACUACACUCUACAGUCUCGCAAUGCUAUGGCUGAGCUGAGCCUGGAGUAUACGACGUUGGUCGAAGAUGGAUAUUCAAGAGGGAUGAGCGAGGAGGCUGUCAGAGCCUUUAUCUUUCGGAAAGUGAUGUUCGACCUCGGGAUACCAAAUGAAGGUAUUGAUAUGCGAGCCAACGAGUGGAAAAGAGACAAAUUGAUUGAGGGGUUUGACAAGAGUAUCUCCUGCGCGUUGAGAUGGAAAAAGCUUUAUGACGAAAUUGGCGUCCCCGAGGUCUUUCUAAUUAGGGGCGGAUCUGCUGUUACCGAUGACGGAGAGGAAAUUCCUGACCUUGAUUUCACGUCGAUGAGUAAUGAAAGAUACCAGUCCCUGAUUAACCGACUUCUUUCCCCGACACUGGGGCUUAAGGAGACUUGCUUGAAGCUUAAUGGAGUGGUGGACAUGAUCCGGCGUUUACGAGACCUGGAUCAACUGGCGGUACAGAGGAACCUUCUGGCUGACGAACUCGAGCGGCGUGUCAAGAACGUCCUGGGAGACCCUAAUAUUUUGUAUGGGAGUCCUGGUGGCGACUUUGAGUGUCCCAAGGAUGACGGUGACGAUGACGAUGACGAGAGCAUGCUUGACAUAGAGGCAUGCUAA